UUAACGAAAUGGAUAUAAAUAUUUCUGUGAGCGUAUGCGUGCGUCAAUGCGUGCUUGUGUAUGAGCGUAUUCACGCAUCAAAUAAAAUAAAGAAACAAAAGAGGCAAAUGAAAAGAACCUUUAUAAAUCGAUCGAUAAUAAAUCUAUGCCAGCAAAGAUGAAAUCAUUUUCUUCGUACAAAUAUGCACACGAACAUCGCGUGACUUUCGACCACUACGUCAACAAUAUUUCUCUCGAUAAUUUAAACAUUUAGUUUCGUGUGAUCUUCUUUCGUUGCCGGAUAGAAAUUUUCUCAUUUUCUCUAGUAGUUGUCAAAUCGUUCAAAAUUGUCAUAUUAAAAUAUAAUUAUCCAAUCGAUAGAAAAAAAAUGGCAUUGAUUGAACCAUUGAAAACAUUAUUUAUUCUUUUCCUUUUUCUUCCGAAAAGUGCAAUAUUAUAUGAAUUUUUUUCUAUCGGCGACGAACAGAUGUUUUUUAUUAGAGAUAUUUGUAAAUUUUACGGAUCGAAAUCUGCAAUUUUUUUAUACGACGAAUCGAUAAGUGAAAUGGAAGUGACAACGAUCAUGUUCAAAUGGAGACGUGCAUUUUCUUGGGAAGGUACAGUGACUGGGAACUUGUAUUUUUCACAAUUGUAUAAAUCAUCGUACUACUUCAAACAAAUUAUACGACCAUAUUACAUAGCGGUGAUUUCUAAUUACAAUGCGAUUAAUGAGUUCUCUUUAGCAACAAGUACCUUUGACAUGUCUUCAGCUGUGUGGAUAGUGGUAUUCAUUUACAAAGAACAUGGUCCCGAUUAUUGUCACAAUCCACCAGGUAAUAUAUUUCACUUGAGAUUCAAUUCAGAAAUGUUGGUCCGUUGUGGGACAGAAAAUAUUUUACGAGAAUGGUAUUCGAUUGAUACAAAUCAAAUCGAGAUGAUGAAUGUAGCAACUUGGAGCUUAAAGAAAGGAAUUACUAAAAUGGUACCAAAUUUUCUUUACGAAAGAAGACAUAAUUUACAGGGUUUAAUCAUGAAAGCUGUUAUAGUUAAGACUUCAAUCUUUUCAAGCAUAAACAAGGAUGGUGAAUUAGAUGGUAUAUUCGGUAGAAUAUUGAGAGAACUUUGUGUCACUCUAAAUUUUAGUUUCGACAUUGUAUCACAAGUGAAAGCGUAUGGACGAUGGAAUUCAAGAGAAAAGACUUGGUCUGGAGCAAUUGCAGAGUUAUAUUAUGGACGUGCUGACAUUUCUCUUUCAGACUUUUCUAUGACUAAUGACAGAUUAAAUGCCGUUGACUUUACGAUUCCUCUUAUGACCUCGAAAAAUAUUCUCGUUAUCCGAGAACCAGAAAAUUUAGCGGUUCAAUGGUCGUCUCACUUUUUAAUUUUUACUUUUUCUGUUUGGAUUGCUCUGUUCGGAGUAUUAAUUGCUUCAUCAAUCUUCCUAGUCUUACUUAAAAUUAAAAGUGGAUCCGAUAACAAAAUAGGAUACUUACUGAUCGAUAAUUUAUUGGAAAUUUGGGGUAUAUUUUGCCAGCAGAGACUUCCUGAUUUCUCUCCUAAAUCUUCGUUACGAAUAGUAUACUUUUCUUUAUGUCUUUCGAUUAUUGUAUUUUGGGCCGCCUAUUCAGCUGCUUUAAUAAGCUUUUUGACGUCUGUAAAUCACGUUUUUCCAUUUGAUUCAUUAGAGGGCUUCGCUGCAGACGGUACUUAUCAACUUGCAGUUGUUCAUGGUACGGCUUAUUAUGAUAAGUUUGCAAAUUCGGGAGAUCCACUUGCAAAGGAGGUAAUGAAAUUGAUGCUAGAAGAGGAAAAGUUGCCCCGUACUGAAACAGAAGGAUUUAAGAGAAUUUGUAAAAAUGGGAGAUUAGCAAUGUACACGUAUGACGAAAUUAGAAAAAGAGUAAAUUAUAAAAUUCUGUGUAAAUUGAUUCGAAUUGACGCUGGGCAUGUAAACAAUUUUGCUUUAAUUUUAUCUAAGAACAAUCCAUUUACUGAUGUCAUCAAUUUUCAGUUGCGGAAAUUUAUGGAUAAGGGUAUGAUGAGUCGCUUAAAAGAUAUAUCAUUUAAAAGGAAAUCCAAUAAUAUGAUCCAGCAUCAACCGGUUUCUUUAAUCAGCGUAAUAUCGCUUAUUUUCUUCUUAUCAAUUGGUAUCAUUUUGAGUACUUGUAUUCUUAUCAUAGAAAAGUAUAUUUUCAUUUAUAAAAGGAAGAAAAUAUCGACCGUACAUAAUAUUUCGUCGAUUAAAUGGUCAGAAUUUUCUAUAAAAAGAAAGAAAAAUUUAAGAAAUAUUACAAAACAUUACGUGAAUCAUGAAUGUGCACGCUUAAAUUAUUCAAAAUAACGGCAAUGUACGUUCUCAAAGAAUUUUUAUAUUCAGAUUAUAAUUUUAAUAGAUAUUUAAAGAAUAGAAUAGAAAUACGCGUACAUAUAUCUAAGUUCUUGCAUAAUUUCGUAUAGCUUUAUAUUAAAAUGGAACUGUUUCUUUAUAUUCUACACGUGAUGGUGUAUUUAAUAGAUUUGCUACAUUUAUCGAAUGUUCGUACAGAUAUGUUAAUUCUUUCAAACUAUUUCGAAUUUAUAUGAUAUACCUAUGUAUGUCAUAGCGUCAAAAAUAAUUACUUUCAUUGUAUGUAUGAGUCAUGAUUAGACGAUAUAAUGGAAUCACGUUUUCGCAUAUUUUGUUAAAAAUAUCUAUUUUUAUUUAAUUCAAAUUACUUUGAUCAGAGUUUCAAAUUUCUCAUUGCAGCAUUCAAAAUGUAUUGUAUUAUAACAUAUGUAAACUAUUAUAUUUAUAUACAGAUAUAAGGAGUGAUAAUAUAUCUAUUAUAUUAAUACAUUAAUAUAUAAUAUAUAUAACAUAUAGGUAUAUAUAUACAUACUUAUAUAUUAUAAAAUAAUAUCGUUUAACAAAUAUUAAAUACUCUCAUAUUACAUUUGCAAUGCAUGCAAAAUGAAUAUAUUGUUAAUGAAUAUUAUACAUUUUUGCAAUCUUUACAAUCGCUUUCAAAUAUGUCCGCAAAAUUGCGAUAAGAAAAUAUGACCCCAAAUUGAAUCAGAAGAAUACAUUAAUCUUUGCUUAGAACGUAAUCUUGUCUUUCUUAGAUUCAAAUCAAAUUGAAUUAGGUACUGGAUCGAACGAAGGCAUGACUUACUUUUCAGGAUGGAACGAUUUAAAGAACCUAUCAUGUUUUUAGCACUAAGAGCUAAUGAAAUCGGUUAAGUUUUUAUAUAAACUGAAGAAUAACAGAUGAAUGAGAAUUCAGUCAUUUGUGCGAUACAUUUUAACAAACAUAUGAACAUACUAAUAAUUUUGUUACAAUCGAAGAAGAUCAAUCUAUUGUUCCAAAUGAAAUAAAUGUCAGCAACGCGACGGUCGUUAUACACGUAUGUUACUUAUAUACACGCCAAAAAACAUGUUUGAUGCUAAUAAAUAGAAUGCAAUUGGUUUGAUUGAU